AUGUCGAACUCGAACUUGAACUCGAGCUCCAACCACUUCAGGUGCCCGAAAGGCGGCGCUUGGUAUGUGUGCCCAGACGAGCCUCAGUUCGUCGGCUGCUGCUCUCAGGACCCAUGCAGAAACGUCGACGCAAACAGCACCUCGCCAUGCCCAGGGUCCAACCUCUAUUACGCCUCCUAUGACCCCUCUAUGCAUGAGGAAAUCCCAGCGAACGCGUGCAUCGACGGCGGAAAAUGGUUUACCUGCACCGGGGCAAAUCCACCCUUCAUCGGCUGCUGCGCGAGCGAUCCCUGCAAAACCCCAGACAACACGGGGUGUCCCAACGAUGAUUUACUUCCUGCUGCGUGGAGCAAGUCCCGUCCGGGUCAAUUCGCCCUGUUCCAGGAUGAGGGCACAGCCGAUGACGAUGAGUUAUCCGGCGGCGCGAUUGCCGGAAUUGUGGUUGGGGCUGUUGCGGCGCUGGUUAUUAUCGGAGCGCUCGUCUGGUUCUUCGUCCGGAAAAGGGGUAAGAAGGCCGCUGCUAUGAGUGGACAUGGACAUACGUCGUCUGUUGUCGAGGGCGAGCAUGGGAGGAUGUAUCCAUGCCCGGCAUCACCGUCCUUUAACUCGGAAUUUUCUAGCCCCGCCGGCACGACAAUAAGGGGGGAAAGGAGCUGAAACACAUGUCAAAUUCCUCAGCAGGCAUCAGCCCGCCCUCGCUCUCCCCCGGAAUACCCUCAGAAAACGGACGACCUAUUUCAGAAAUGUACUCGAAUAGUAUCGGGGGCGAGGAUAUGUCGCAUCAGAAAUGGGUAUCGGGUCAGAGCUACGGGCUCGGUGUGCAUGGAGCACAAAGACCAGACCCGAUACAGGAGUUGGAUGCCAAUGUGGCCCACGUGUAUGAAAUGGACGGACUCGGAACAAAUCGGCGGUGAUGAGGCCUCGACCGUGGGGUUUAGAUGGAUUGUGUAUUGAUAGGUAUUAU